AUGCAAAUGAUCAGAGAGAGAGAGAGAGAGGCGCAUCAGGACUGUUGUCGCUGCUAGCCUAACUGUUCAUAGUUCAGUGUUCCUUGUCCAGCUCUUACUCUAAUGUGUAUUUGCAUCUGAGGUCAGCAACAAAGGAAUUUCCUCAUGAGUUGAGAAGAGAGACUCCAAAAUUAUGACAAUGAGUUUCUUUGGAAAAUUGAAGAACCUACACAGUGGGCCUCCAGCUCCACCCAAAAGAAUAGAGAACAAUGCGGGGUAUGGUGGCUGGCCAGAAGAUGAGUUUGACGAUGAGGAUGGGAACACAUAUGAGGCUCCCCCCUGUGAGCGACCGGCCAUGAAGGUUCCUCCCAGACAUGUAGAGGAGAACGUCUAUUUAGAUAGUUCUUCAGAGAGGUCCAAUCGUGUUCUUCCCAAAAGGCAGGCAGCUCCACCCCCAAGGCCAGCCAAGAUGGCGCCCAUGGGCAAAGCAUCGAAACAGCAGCCUCACCAUCAGCCUGACCCUGAGGAGUUCUACAUCGACCCCAACACCAAGAAACCUCCUGAGGUAGACAGGAAGGAGAAGCCAGGGAAAAGGUCUACUCCUAAGAAGUCUGCCCCUCCUCCUUCCCGCCCUGCCCCUGCUCCCACCCCUCCCCCUGCAGAGGAAGAUGUCUACCUGGAUCCUAAUGAAGGACAGGCAGACAGUGAUGACCUGUAUCUGGAGCCCACAGCAGCUUGCCCCCCUGCUCCUCGCGGGCCCAUAAGGAUGCCCCUCCUACCCAAGACAGCAAUUGCCCCUCCCCCCAUGCCCAUAAAACCUCCAGUACCCAGAGCCAAGUCGAGUUCUCUACUGGUCAGUGAGGCAAAGACAGCUCCUCCGCCUGAUGUGAAACGCUCCACGUUCCCUGGCAAGCUGCCCCCACCCACCCCAGGCAUCAAACCCCCCCUCCCUGCAUCCCUAAAGGAACCCAAACCCAGCCCCCCUCCCCCGCCCAUUAUAGACACUACCGCAGCAGUUUCUCCCUCUGGUAUGAAGACAAACAUGCAGGCAGGAAAGGAGGAGAAAGAGUGGUUCGCUGGAAACUGCAAUAGAAAGACUGCUGAGGACCUCUUAAUGCAGAUCAACAAGGACGGGGCAUUCCUGAUACGUCACAGUUCAGCCCAGAACGCCCGUCAGCCCUACACACUGGCUGUCCUAUACAGACAGAAGGUCUAUAACAUCCCCAUCCGCUUUCUGGAGGAGACACGCGGCUACGCCCUCGGAAAGGAGGGCAAGAAGAACGAGGAGUUUUUCAGUAGUCUCCAGGAGAUCAUCUCUCACCACAAGAAUAACCAACUGCUGCUGAUCGAUAGCAAGAGUCAGGCCAAGCACACCACGUAUCUCACCCAUCCAGCCCAUCCAUAAACUACAUUAUCUAUAACCCACACACAAUAUAUAUCACCCACCCAGCCUGACAAACUACACUACACUACUAUAGGGUGGCAGGUAGCCUAGCGGUUAGAGUGUUGGGCCAGUAACUGAAAUGUCGCUGAUUUGAAUACCUGAGUCGAUAAGGUGAAAAAUCGGUCAAUGUGCCCUUGAGCAAGGCACCUAAUUUGCUCCAGGGCCGCCGUGCUACUAUUGCUGACCCUGUAAAAAAAAAAACAUAUCACUGCACCUGUACAUUUCACUUCUCUGUAUGUGACAAAACAAAAAUACUUUCAUAACCCACAGAAAUGUGUAUCUCACCUACACCAGCCCAUUCAUAAAGUACAUUAAAUGCUACCAUUAAUAACUAAAUACAUUUGAUAACUUGGAAAUACUACCUUCAAUCGUCAUGUUCCUCACCACAAGAUAUCCAUUACAAACCCUUGUUUUUGUUUUGUGAUCAAAAUGGCUAGAAGUGUACAUAUUACCAUAUAUCUGUGUACUGUAUGUGUUUGUGUGUUUAAGUAUGCUGUAAUUAUGUCUAUGACUUUAUUAACCUAUUUUUGAUUUAAAUUAGAUUAAUUUUAAAAUCCUUGCACCUGAAUAGAGUAGUGAGUAGUCUAUGAAAAGGUAUAUUCAAUACCUCAUUCUUGCUCUGAGUCUUUAUGCAGUGCUUGUUUCAGUGAGUGAUGGGGAAUUCAAUUUUGUCUACACCUGUGUUGUGACUGAAUACUGUGUAAGUGGGCCAUCUGUAAGUUUCUAUUUAUAUAAUAAUAUAGUCUGAAAUGUUUUGAAAUCCUGUUUGUGUUUUAUCAUUUUGUUGUAUUUGCAACACAACAGCGUGAAUGGCAUUUAUUUCCCUCAAAGUUGUUAGUUUAGAUCUCCAUAAAUGCAAGGAUUCACUAAUUCCACAAAUUAACUUUCAAGAAGGCACACCUGUUAAUUGAAAUGCAUUCCAGGUGUCUACCUCAUGAAGCUGGUUGAGAGAAUGCCAAGAGUGUGCAAAGCUGCCAUCAAGGCAAAGGGUGGCUAAUUGAAGAAUCUCAAAUAUAUUUUGAUUUGUUUAACACUUUUUUGGUUACUACAUGAUUCCAUAUGUGUUAUUUAAUAGUUUUGAUGUCUUCACUAUUAUUCUACGAUGUAGAAAAUAGUAAAAUUUAAGAAAAACCCUUGAAUGAGUAGGUGUUCUAAACUACAGGUAACUGCCAAAAUAAAGGAAACACCAACAAAGUGUCAAUAAGGCGUUAGGUCACCACAAGCCAGAACAGCUUCAAUGCACCUUGGCAUGAAUUCUACAAGUGUCUGGAACUCUAUUGGAGGGAUGUGACAACAUUCUUCCACAAGAAAUUGUUGAUGUUGGUGGAAAACUCACUCAGGGGGGUUUCUUCAGAAUCUUCCAUAAGUGUUAAAUUGGGUUGAGAACUGGUGACAGACGGCCAUGGCAUAUAGUUUACAUUGUUGUCAUGAUCAUCAAAUCAUUCGUGUCCUGCACAUGGGAGCAUUGUCAUCCUAUGAGGAAAUAACCACGACAGCCAAAAGCAUUUUUUUUUACAUGACCCUAGGCAUGGGAUGUUAAUUGCUUAAUUAACUCAAGAACUACACCUGUGUGAAAUCACCUGCUUCAAUAUACUUUCUGUACCUCAUUUA